AUGAUCCAACGUGAGACUAGACAUCCUGAUGUGGCACAAUUCGUGCAGAUAAGUGGCGCCCAGUACCGAUGCCUCCGCCCGCCAGGGUACCAUGAGCUGGGCAUGCACCACUAUUACUGUGAUGGCCUCCAGGUCUUUCUGCGCCACUCACAAGAUGAGAGCCAUGAGGAAUGGAUGAAGACAAUCGAAUAUGCGGUGCACCGGCUUAGUCACAUAGAACAGGGCCCCGACACUCUGAUUAUUGUACGAGGGCGCCCUGUGAUUGUAGCCUUCGGUAUGAAUGUGAAACUGUUUUACUACACCUAUCACUAUGAAGAGGCACCCCUUUGUUUUAGAGCCUUCUGCGACAAAGAGGAUAUAGAGAUAAAAUGGGAUGCACUUACUGGAGAGUACAUCACCAUGGGUCGUCUAACUAGGGAAGUCGAGAAUACUGAGUAA